GUGCCUAUAUUAGCUUGCUAUAUAGUUAUGAGGAUUCCUACUACUGCUCUUAUUGUUUUAGAAUUUAGGUUGUGGUGGAAGAAGAGGCUGCAUCAUUAUCUGCCAAACAUGAAGAUUGCCACAAGAGUUCUGAUAAUGUUUUGUGUGGCUGUAGGCAUCAUCUUCAUGUCUGUGUAUCAACCAGAACACUUUUUCGGCAUGGAGUAUGAAGUUCGUGUGAUCAAUGGCUUCUCCAACAACUCAUCGCUGCCUCUAGUCAUCUGGUGCAUAUCGCAGCAGGACGGGGAUAUGGGAGGGCGUGCCCUCCAGGAGGGUGACGAUUUCGGAUGGAGGCUCAAGACCAAUAUCUGGGGCAAUUCCCAUUACUUGUGUACCCUGAAAUGGGAUGCCAAGAGGAGGAGUUUCGAUGCGUUUAAGGUUCCUAGAGACAGUCAGCGGUGUGCUCCUCUGAAGAAAUGUUCAUGGCUGGUGAAAGAGGAUGGGUUCUACUUCAGCAGUGAUGAAGUCAACUGGAAGAAAGACUUCUCCUGGUACUGAUUUGCAUGGCACCCUAUCCUUUCUGUGCAGCCAGAGGUUCAAACGUUUAUCGGGUAACCAUAAACCACAUGUUUUCUGUCAAUGUAAUUGCUUUUGCUUUUGCUAUAUGAGCAGAACAGUUUUGUCCAUUGAAAUCUUAAUGGUAAGCUUGGCCUUGAAAGCAAAAAAAAAA